UCGAGCUAAAGGUUGAGAGGUCCACAUGCUGACCUUUGGCACGGUGUGGGUUGUCUUUGCCGUGCUGGUGUUUACUCUUGCGCGAUACUAAUAGUGCCGGGAGCAUAGGACUUGGGUAGUCGGUGUAGAGCAGUGACAGUGGUUGGACCGUGCUUACUUUUGUAUAAUUCAAUAUGCCUUGCUCCCCGUUCGUAGAAGAAUGUUGUAGUACAAAACGAAUAACAGCAGCAGCAGGAGUGCACGAGGUGAAAGAACGCAGUUCUACACUGCGGAAGUUUGCGGCAGAGUUCUUAGGAACGUUUAUAUUGGUGCUCGUUGGGUGCGGCUCCACCACUGUGGCUUGGUCCGACGGAUACAAGCCAACAACAGUUCAAAUUGCCCUGGCGUUUGGGCUCACUGUUGCAUGUGUUGUACAGAGUCUGGGCCAUGUCAGCGGCGCGCACGUGAAUCCGGCGGUUACAGUGGGGCUGCUGACGGCGGGCCACAUCUUUCUGCUGAGAGCCCUCUUAUACGUGGUGGCCCAGUGCGCCGGCGCCGUUGCUGCAGCCCUCGUCCUAAAGGCACUGACACCUGAAGAGACCGCAUCCACUUUGGGCUUGACGGCGGUGAGCCCACACCUCACGCUGACGCAGGCAGUCUUCGUGGAGGCGAUAAUAACUUUGGUGCUGGUUAUGACUGUGUGCGGCGCCUGCUUCGGGGAGAGCGCGGAGGCGGCGAGUGGUGCUCCCUUCGCCAUAGGCCUAUCCAUAACGGCCUGCCACCUAUUCGCGAUGCAAUACACUGGCGCAGGCAUGAACCCGGCGCGUUCUCUUGGGCCUGCUAUGCUGAAGUGGCAGUGGGACAAUCACUGGAUCUACUGGGUGGGACCACUUGUCGGAGGCAUUGCAGCUGGCGUCAUGUCCAGGUGCUUGUUCACAAAGAACACCACGGAAGCAGCACCUGUUGAGACCACAGCUGACAAUGAACGUGAACCGUUAUUACCAUAGAUCCCUGUGUAAAUACUAGCACCUCAGUCUGUCUACGGACAGGGAGUUAUUUUCUCAAAUUACUGCAAAUUAAAACUUACAUGUAUUGCAAAAUAAUAAAAGCCUAUGCUGCUCUGUGUACCUAUUUCAAAAAUCUUACAAUAAAAGAUUAAACGUAAAUUUUAAUCAGAAGCACCCACAUAACACAAAUAGCUUAAGUUAAACUGAACAAUUAAAAGUAAAUAAUAAAAAGUGGUUUUAAUGGA